AUGGCGGAGCAAGUGGAGUGUGUUUUGGACGGGGCGGUGUUCAGAAGUGAAACCAGUCCGUGGAGGAGCGGUGUGACUGAGGACAGCAAGAGACAGGCAGACCCAGGGGAGGACCAGAGAGGAGGGACAACACUGUCCAUUAGAGGUGGAGAGAAAGGAGGGAUGACCAAGAACACAGAUAAACGAUUACCAGUGGUUUCUCAGACUGAAGUCCUGCUCUAUCACAUCCUGCUGUUCAUCUUCUCUCCGCUCACUGUGGCUCUCAACCUGAUGGUCAUCAUCUCAGUCUCCCAUUUCAGACAGCUCCACACACCCACCAACCUCCUCCUCCUCUCUCUGGCUGUGUCUGACCUCCUUGCAGGCCUUGUGAUGAUGCCGGGAGAAAUCCAAGUAAAACUGUCCUGUUGGUUUCUUGGUGACUACAUGUGUUCUUUGUAUACAUUUUUAGCUUGGUUGUCUGUUUCUGUGUCAGUAGGAGACAUGGUGCUCAUCUCAGUCGACCGCUAUGUUGCUAUCUGUGACCCUCUGCAUUACACUAAUAAGGCUCGUGCCAUGCGUUCUCACAUCACAUCCAUCACAGCCCAGCAUUCAGGGAAGGCAGUCGCCAACAAAUCUGAGCUGAAAGCAGCCCGGAGUCUUGGUGUUCUUGUUGGCACCUUCUUAAUAUGUUUCUGCCCUUAUUAUAUUGUGACUCUAACAGACAACAGAAGUGUUCCUUCAUUACCCUUUUAUCUGACUUUUAUUUUGUAUUUAAAUUCAUGUUUAAAUCCUCUGAUUUAUUCCUUAUUCUAUCCUUGGUUCAGAAAAGCUGUUAGACUAAUAUUCACUUUGCAGAUACUGCAGUCUGACUCUUGUGAUUCCACCAUGGUCUAG